AUUCACUGUGGAUUACUCAUCUUCUUCAUAUAAUUUUUAGCCAGCAGCACCUAUCAUUUUCAUUAUCUCGGAACUCCUACACAGGAAGCUCAUCGUUCAUUAUUUUUCUAAAAAUGCCCCCACUGCAAGCCCAAAAUCUCCACCAUUUUAAGCCCAAUUUGGGAAUCCUAGAAGGGCAAUUGUGUCAUUCAGACUUGGACUUUGAUGCACACAGCGUAUGACAGCGAUGGUGUCCUUGACCCCGAGUGAAUCGCAGCAACGGCCCGUGCAAGCCACAGACAUAAAGCAUGAGAGAGAAAGCGAGAGAGAGAGAGAACAUGAGUGUCCAACGAGACCCACACCCACAAUAUCAAAAGCAGCCAUGGACACGCUGGUAAAGUAGAAAGCGGAAACAGAAUCCAUCAACGACAAUCCUCUCUUUAUUUUACUUUGCUUUUGUUUUUGUUUUCGUUUUUGUUUUCUGGCUUUUGAAAUUUAUAGGGACACAUAUUAUCAUUCCUCUCUGGAAGUCUUUAUUUACUGGUUCCCUUGAUGCUUGACAUCGGAGCUCCGUUCAAUCAUUUUCGGCGCUCGUGGACUCUAAUUAGUAAUAAAGGGGUAAGGGAGAUGGGUUUUCACUGGGCUCGCAGACCACUCUGCUGGUGGUGUUGUUGGUGGUAAGUGCUUGUUCUUUUCGUGGGGGAAUAUAUUUGGAGUUCGCUGUUUUUUACAAGCAGUCUUCAUGCUUCUUUGGUAUCUGUGUAGCUAUAAUAAAUUCUGCGGGGAUUUGUCUGUGACUCGAUCUGGAGAGGCCGAGAAAUGGAUUAUUCACGGAUUUGAGUGCCCGUUUAAGAUAUAGCUUCUCUUCCAUGGUAGAAUAAGAUUUUUAAAGAAGUUAUUGUUUUUUUCCCUUUGAAACUGCGUUUUCCCCAUCUUUCUGCAAAUUUUGAGUUGCAUUUUAGGCAGCUGUUUCUGAAGCAAUGACUUCUAUUUAUAUUUCUUAUAAUACGCAAUUCUUGCAUUUUAGAAAAUAAUUUGACUCUAGAGUUUCCCUGGUUUCAAUUUUGUAUAUACUCACAUGUUUAAAGUGUUUUCUGAACAACCGAGAGUUUAACUUGUAAUUUGUUGUUUUAAUGGGUGUCUGAUCGUCUGAGUACUUAUUGUCGCCCUUCGAGUUUGAGAGUUCCCAUCGUAAAUUCCACAUCUUUACCGGAAUAUGCUAUAAAAUAUUGUUCAAUAUGGCUGAAAUUAGACUUACAAGGGUAGAACAGGGUCAAACAAAGAUAAAAAACGUCCCAAUUGCUGUAACCCCAGAAGGUUUUUGGUGCUGUCCCUCACCUGUUGGGUUCCAAAAGACCCUUAAAGCACAAAAUUCUUUAAACAGAUCCAAAACUUCCGACCCACCACCUAAAACCUAUGUUCAGAAGAAACAGGCUCUAUUGAUUGAGAAAAAGUCACCACCCACCCCAUCAAGAUCAGGAGCUGCUCCUGAUGAUCACAGAAUUUUAUCUUCUGAUACACCUGGUCAUGCUGCAUCUGGGGUUACUGAAAGAGCACCGAGACCGAAGAUUGAAAAUUUGCCGAGAAAGGUAGCAAUAGAAUUCGGUGAGCUUGGGACCAGUGAUCUGAAGGUGAUUUUACAUGGAAGGCAGGGAUUUGUCGUGAAGCUGAGUGUUCACAGGAAUGUGCUAGUAGAAAAUUGUAGGUUCUUUGCUGAUAAAUUUUCAGAACAGCAGGCUGGUAUGUCCUCUCUUGAAAUUGAAGAUUGCGAGGAUGUUGAAAUCUAUGUUGAAACUAUGGGACUGAUGUAUUGCAAAGAAAUGAAGCAAAGGUUAAUCAAGCAAAGUGUAUUGCGAGUGCUUCGAAUUCUCAAGGUUGCAGAACAGCUUGGGUUCAACUCGUGCAUGCAGUCAUGUUUGGAAUACCUGGAAGCAGUCCCUUGGGUUGGGGAAGAAGAAGAAAAGGUGGUUUCAUCGGUACUGCGUCUCCAGAGUGAGGGUAUUGGAGUCACCCCUGUAUUGAAACGAGUCUCUUCUGAUGUCUCCAACCCUCCUAAAGACACACUUGUCCAAAUAAUUGAACUGGUUCUUAAGAGCAAUGAGGAGAGAGGCCGACGAGAAAUGAAAUCUGUCGUAUUGAAGCUACUUAGGGAGAAUAAAUGUGUCCCAAACUGUGCUGGCUCAACUGACAUCUGCAAUGAAACUAUUUACAAUUCGUGCAAAACCUGCUUGCUGUCACUGCUGUCUUUAUUCAGGCAAGCUGCAGAACCAGAUUUCUCUGGAAAACCCAUGGUCAGCAGAGAACCUGUGGUGAAGCAAUUAGCCCUUGAGGCUGAUAACCUCUCGUGGUUGCUUGAAAUUUUAGCCGACAGACAAGCAGCAGAUGAGUUUUCACUAAUGUGGGCUAGCCAGCAAGAGUUGGCAUUCCUACACCCAAAGCUGCCUGUUGUGUCACGUCACCAUGUUAGUUGCAUUACAGCAAGGCUCUUUGUUGGUAUUGGAAGAGGGGAGGUGCUGCCUUCGAAGGACACCCGUCAAUUAUUGCUGCAGACCUGGUUACAGCCGUUGAUCAAUGACUACAGCUGGUUGCAGCAUGGGUGUAGGUCAUUUGAUCGCAAGGUUGUGGAGGAAGGAAUAGGUAGGACAAUCCUGACACUGCCUCUAGAGGAUCAGCAGAGCAUUUUACUAGCUUGGUUGGGCAGUUUUUUGAAGGCCGGUGAUAAUUGCCCAAAUCUUCAGAGAGCCUUUGAGGUCUGGUGGCGGAGGACUUUCAUUAGACCUUUUACAGAAUCCCAAGGACAUCUGGUCCAGUCGGAUGGCUCAACGACAUCAAGGUAGUAGGCCAACAGAAACACAAUGGGUGAUGGAAGUAAUGACAAUAUAUGCAGUAGAGAUUAUAUUGCACAGUAUAAAGAGUUACAUGGAGAGACUUAAAGAAUAGGAAGGAAAACAUCAAAAUAGUUCUUUCCCAGCGAGAACUAAGAUGAUAAAUCUAGUUGAAGUGUAAUAGUAACAGGAUUUGGGUUGAUUGUUUCACUUGAAAUUUCGAGAGAGAAAUGUAGUGUGGGGUAUUAAAGCUUGCUUUUGCAUUGAUACAUGUUUGAUGAUUGCCUGAUGUAAAAAUUCAAGAGCAGAAGUAUCGUGGUAUUGUGCUUUGUGUGAACUAAAUUAAAUGCUUAGAAAUGCAUUUUUCAAUGGAGUUUGACAAUGCAUA